AUGUUUCAAACAUCGAAUAUCGUUUAUCAAAAUGUUUAUUUAACUGAUGAUUUUAAAAUUGGUCUAGAAUAUGAUAAUCACCGUGGUCUAUUGAACAUCAUCUUGGCUAAUACUGAUAAUAGAAGUACUGAAUUACCAUUUCACAUUAAUAUUCUAUCAAAUCAAUAUAAAGAAUGUGAAUUAACAUUGAAAAACAAUGAAUAUUUUCUCAGUUCAACUGAAUUACAAGAUGAUCUUGAAAAUGAGAUAACAGAUUUCUCCUAUGGGGAAGACGAUGAACCGAAGAUAUGUAUCGAAUUAUCAAAUAUCUAUGUGUACGAUUUAUUCGAUGAAAGUGAAGAUGAUCUGAGUCCAGCAAUGAUUACAUCAUCAUCAUCAUCGCCAUUAUUAUUCUCUUCGUCAUUAUCAUCAUCAUCAUCUUGUUUCGAUGAACCGACCAUAGAUAAUGAUGAUGGAUAUUCGACACAUUCACUUGACGAUACAGAACAACAACAACAACAGCAAUCAUCAAUAUCAAUAUCACCAUCUAAAAUGAUCAUACCGUUUAUAUCCUAUCAACAUUUUUAUUCUAUUGAACAGAAUAUUUUAUCAAUACGUCGACUAAUUGAACAAGUCAUCUGGUUAAAUCCAUUCAAAAAGACUGUAAAACAAAUGAUGAACAAUCAUUUGUUUGAUUGA